CAGGGGAGGACUGACCAUUUGGAAACUCAGGCACUGCCCGAGGGCCCGGGGUCAGUAGGGGGCCCCAUGAGAUGCCCCUGGUACCUUUUUCAUAGGCUCUUUUGAGUUUGGGCAAGGACACAGGGGCCCCAUGAUCCUUUAUUGCCCGGGGGGCCCCAUGAGUUGUCAGUCCGCCCCUGUAUAUACUGUAUAUAUCAUCACUUGUACAUGUUGCAUGUACAUUCAAGGUGGAGGUGCAGGAACUGUAUACCACCAC